AAGUGAUCCUUUCACCUUUGUUUUAUGAGUAGCUUUGACUACAGUCAUGCACUACCAUGUCUGGUUAAUUGUUUGCUUGUUUGUAGUGUUGGGAUCUCACUAUGUUGUCCAGGCUGGUCUCAAACUUUCGGCCCUAAUGGAUUCUCUUACCUAGGUCUCCCAAAGUGUUAGGAUUAUAGGCAAGAUCCACUGCACCCACACCCAGUCAGUACUUUUAAAUUUAGUAAAACUUGGUAUGUGUCCUAACAGAAUAUACCAGAUGCAAAUAAGAAUAUUGUGUAUUAUCUUAGUUUUGACUGGAGAGUUUUGCAUGUGUCUGUGAAGCCUAGUUGGUCUAUAGUAUUAUUUGCAUGUCCGUGUUCUCCAGACCUCAUGCUGCAAAAUGAAUCCUCAAUGCUGGAUGUGGGAUCUGGUGGGACAUAUUUGUGUCAUGGAGGCAAAUUGCUCAUGAAUGGCAUGGUACAUUCUCUUUGUAACCAAAACUUUACACUCUUAUUAAUUCAAUGACAGCUGGUUCAUUAAAAGAACCUGACUCCUUCACCUCACACUUUCUCUGUCUCUUACCAUAUAGUAUGUCCAGUUACUCUUUACCUUCCACCAUGAUUGUAAGUUUCCUGAGACCCUCACCAGAAGCAGAUGCUGGCACACACUUCUUAUAGUCUGCCAAACCUUAUGUGUUCUCAUUUUGCCCAAGACCUUCAGCCAGAGCAGAGCAUAACAGAUUCUUUCCAAAAAGUGAUACUUAGAAAAUUUGAAAAAUGUGGACGUGGCAAUUUACAGUUUAAAAAAGGCUGUGAAAGCGUGGAUGAGUGUGAGGUACACAAAAGAGGUCAUAAUGGACUUAACCAAUAUUUGACAACUACCCAGAGCAAAAUGUUUCAAUGUGGUAAAUAUGGGAAAGUCUUUCAUCAAUUUUCAAAUUCAAAGAGACAGAAGAGAAGACAUACUGAAAAAAAAACUUUGAAAUAUGUAGAAUGUGGCAAAGCUUUUAACCAGUCCUCAACCCUUACUGCACAUAAAAAAAUUGAUACUGGAGAGAAACCCUACAAAUGUGAAGAAUGUGACAAAGCCUUUAAGUACUUCUGUACCCUUACUACACAUACAAAAAUUCAUACUGGAGAGAAACCAUAUAAAUGCGAAGAAUGUGGCAAAGCCUUUAAGUACUCCUAUACCCUUACUACACAUAAGAUAAUCCAUACUGGAGAACAACCCUACAAAUGUAAAGAAUGUGGCAAAGCUUUUAACCAUCCUGCAACUCUUUCUUCACAUAAGAAAAUUCAUACUGGAGAGAAACCAUACAAGUGUGAUACAUGUGGCAAAGCCUUUAUUUCAUCCUCAAUCCUUCGUAAACACGAGAAGAUUCAUACGGGAGAGAAACCCUACAAAUGUGAAGAAUGUGACAAAGCCUUUACCCGGUCCUCACACCUUACUAUGCAUAAGAUAAUUCAUACUGGAGAGAAGCCAUACAAAUGUGAAGAAUGUGGCAAAGCUUUUACGUGGUCUGCAGGCCUCCAUAAACAUAGGAGAACUCAUACUGGAGAGAAACCGUACAAAUGUGAAGAAUGUGGCAAAGCCUAUACUACAUCCUCAAAUCUAACGGAACAUAAGGCAGCUCAUACUGGAGAGCAACCUUACAAAUGUAAAGAAUGUGGCAAAGCUUUUAACUGGUCCUCAGACCUUAAUAAACAUAAGAGAAUUCAUAUUGGACAGAAACCAAGAAUGUGACAAAGCUUUAUUUUAUUAUUAUUUAUUUAUUUUUGUUUGAGAGCGAGUUUCACUCUUGUUGCCCAGGCUGGAGUGCAGUGGUGCAACUUUGGCUCACCACAGCCUCCGCCUCCUGGAUUCAAGCGACUCUCCUGCCUCAGCCUUCCUGAGUAGCUAGGAUUAUAGGCAUGUGCCACCACACCUGGCUAAUUUUGUAUUUUUAGUAGAGACGGGGUUUCUCCAUGUUGUUCAGGCUGGUCUCAGACUCCUAACCUCAGGUGGUCUGCCUGCUUUGGCCUCCCAAAGUGUUGGGAUUACAGGCAUGAGCCACUGUGCCUGGCCGACGAAACUCUUUAAGGAAGUUCUUAACCCUUAUUACGCAUAAUUCAUACUGGACAGAAACCCUACAAA